UAAUGCGGUAAAACGUUGAAUAAAACAUUUCAUUUUAUUUCUCAAAAAAUGUCUUUUGACCUAAUUUUAAGCUCCCUGUUUUAUCGUGGAAAAGAAUGGUUUGUAUUCGACGAUAUUCUGAGAUGUUUACCAAAGGAAAAAGUCUGUCUGGUGACCCAACAGUCGAAGAAGGAUAUGCUACAUUUUACAUAUCGUUUUGGAGUUGCCUCUGAUUGGCUUUUUGAUAAAAGUAUACUUUUUGAACGUCAUUUUUUCAACUCAAACCGCAUGGGACGUAUCGUAUUCACCAAUUUGUUAAUAAACGCGGACCGUGUACAAGACCUUCUUCAAAAAUAUUUUGAUAGUGCAUUCCGUUUAAGCGUUGAACGGUUUCAUCUCAAAGAGACGUCCCUGGACUCGGAGUGGUUCGAAUGGAAUUGGAAGCCCAUGCAAAAAGUUCGGUCUCCAUUGAUCAAGCGAAAGCUAACUACGUUGGAAUGUCCCGAGCCAUCAACAUCUCUUGAGAAAAGAACAAGGAAAACGAAAAGCAAAAAUAUAGAAUCAAAUGAAAUGGAUGACAAUAGUCAACUGGAAUCAAAUUCUAAUAAGAAAAGAAGGAACUCUACCGAUCUUGAUGUAAGUGUAGCUAAAGAAGCCAAACUGUGUGUAUCUAGGUGCUCUGAACAAGGUGAUGAAAACCUGCAGAUUUUAAAUGAUCAAUUGUCAACAGAUGGUACAUCUAAUCAAUCAACAGUGGCUAUGAACAAGCUAUCUGCAAAGAAAUCAUCGACAGCAUCAAGUUAUCUCAAAGAUGAUGAUCUCCAUUCAACAGCCAUUGAAGAUAAAAGUGCUGAAACUUUACAGCUCUCUCACAACUUUAAUCAACAAGAUCAUGAGAAUGUGAACGGUGGCAAUGAAAAUGCAUACAAUAUGAAUGUAGAACUGGCUGAUGAUGAUGGCGAACUUAGAAAUGUUCAAAAAAUCAGUAGUAUAUCAGGUGAUAAUAUGAGUAUUGUUGAUGUUUUUGAAAAAACUGAUGAAUGUAAUGAUUUUGCUGAAAAAAACAUGCAAGAAAAUGAAGAUUUACCAGCAUCUCCUAAUUUUUCAAUGAUUGAAAAUAAAGAACUUUGUGCUGAAGAAUCAAAAACAAAGCAAAAAAGAAGUCUUGAUAAUUCAAUUAAAAAUGAUUUUGAUGCCAAUUCUAAUCCACAACAUCUUACAUCAUCCACAGUUUGUUUGUGUUCUGUUAAAGAAGAUUCCAAAGAAGAAAUUUACAAUGAAGCAGACACAAAAACAUUUCAAUUUUUGGAAGGUCUGAAAGCUACUGGAUUUGUGCCUAUUGUUAAACAGUUAUUGGAAAAUUUUGAAGGGGAUACAAAACUAUCUCAGAUAGAAACAAAACUGAACAAUGUUGAAACACAAUUAACCAACAAAAAAAGGUCGAUCAAAUUAACUGAGAAGAGAAUCCAAAAGAAAGCAAAAGAAUUAGAGAAACUGUUUGAAACUAUUGGAUGUAUAAAAAAAGAAUAUCAAAUGCUUAAGAGCGCACAAAGUUCUUUACAAAAGGAGAAAGAAACUAUUGAAAUACAGGUUAAAAAGUGCUUAGAAAUUUUAAAUUCUUCAGAGUAAAUGGUAAUGUGGAAGCUUAGUUGGUUUAUAUAAAAGCAAGAGCCAUAUAAUUACUGUUUUAAUGUUGGCUACCUGUAUUACUAUUAUAUCUAUAGAUUUUUAGUUUUAUAUGCGUUUUAUAUGUGUAUGUGGAUGGCAAAACGAAACGUCAUGUUUGUCUUUAGUAACUUGAAAAAAAUCAUUUAUUUCAUUCA